UGGUUGCCAUCGGCAUCCCGUUAAAGUAUGUAAGUGCGUAGGAACCCCUUGAUUUUACUCCUUCCGUCUCAUUUCAUGUAACUGGAAAAAAUAACUUUUGAAACUUGUAGAAUGGCUAUAGGACGUUUGUGACUUUUUGUUAUAUACAUUCAUAACAUGUGUAUAUGGCUAUCAAAGUUUGUCAUUAGGGGUAAAAAAAAGUUCAGGUUAAAUUGUUUCCAAAGGGUCAUUCUUUUUCGAACAACCUUAAAGUAAAUAGGGUCACAUAAACUGGAAUGAAGAGAGUAAUUAAAAAGAGAAAUGUAAGAAGAAAUGCUUGUGAUCUGGGAGUACUUUUUCUUUUAAACUAAUGUCUCCCAUUUUCUUGGUUUGAAAAACUAAGAUUAGUCUUUUUUGCCUCUAUUGUACAGAUAUUUAUGUUGGCUGUUUAAAAGUGAAUGGUUGAAACAGUGAUUAGUCGUUGUAUGUGGUUAUCUGGCUGAAACAAGAUUAACUGCAUUGUUUAUUUUGGGUUUUUUGUUUCUUGGAAAUUGAAUUUGAUUGGAUGGAGAAAGCUGGAAUGCAGGAUUGGGAUUUAAUGUAUGAUUUUUGUCGUCUAAAUAGAAAGAAGAAGAAGUAUGAUAGGGAAGGUACUGGGCUUGGGGAUCAUAAAACACUGGAAAGAUGUGUUCUUGUGGAUCAAGAUAAUGCCGGGUUAUCAACAAAGGAGGCUGACGCGGGAGCUGCCUAUGAUAGGGAGAAUUCUAGUUGUAGUGAUGUUGAAGCUGACCCGCAAUAUAUGACUUUCUUGGCUAACACUAAGCCAGAUGGAACGUCAUAUGUUCUUAAAGCUAGUGAUCAGAAUGGGUUGCCCGUGUCCCUGAAGUAUGAGAAAGAGGACGGAUCUGAUGAUGAGCACGAAUAUGAUUGUCAGAGGAACCUAACAAAUGAUAGGGAGUGGGAGAUUCAUGGAGUUGGAAAGGAUCAGGAUAGUGUUAGGGAAAAGUACAAAUUAGGGAGUUCAAAAUCUCUAGACACUUACGCGAGAAAGAAUAGGAAUACCUCCGUAGUUGAGAAGCAUAAGAUGAAAGAUGGGAUCUUGAGUCAGAGGCAAAGGAGGGAAGAUAGGGACUUAGGUAACAGAAAGCACAGUACUGAUGUGAAGAUUGUACCUGGUAAGGAGCAGAAGACACAGAAUGGUGGCAAAUUCAUGGACGUGAGAGUAAAGACAGAACCAAAAGAAGAUUCUGAUUCUCUCAAGGAGGAGAUCCCCCAAAGUGAAGUAGAAAUUGUUCAGAACGUUGAUGCAGAGUUAGGCAUGGGCAGUAGCUCUAACCCCUUUGUAUUUUCUGUGGAACAUAGCGAGAAUCUGGAGGAUCCCAGUCAGCCUAUCAGCAACCCAAAUGCGUCAAUUAUAGAUUCUGGCUACAGGAAGGAGGUUCUGAAUUUAUUGAUGAGGCCCUAUGAUGAUGAGGAGUAUCAGAAGCUUUGGAAAGAUAUUAAGAUGCCAUGUAGCUCAAUAAAUAGACGUGGAACAUCCCUUCUAUCACUCCAUAAAGGUGUCAAUCGAGAAAUCAAAAGGACCAAUCAUGACAAAGAUAAAAAGUUGAAUAUUAUGCGUGGGUUUUUCUUUUGGUUAGAGGUGAGGGCUACCUCUUCUUGGAUGUCCUUGCAUCUAACUCGGGAAGAUGCGUUCAUGCCUUGGGAGGAUGCAGAAUGUCUCCGAACAAUGCCUGGAUCUUCCUAGAAGUUGUUGUUACUUUUU